AGCAUUUAUCGAUAUUGUCAAAGAAUAAGAGCACCAAGAAACGUUUGUACAAAUUAAAAAUGGGUAAAGAACGUGGACGAGGACGAGGACGAGGACGUCGGAAUUUCCAAUCCAAACCGUAUAACAAGCAAAAUUGGCGUGGACAAAAGAAAGAGCACUCAAAACAUAACAAUGACCAAUCACAAUCAGUCAACAGAGUACCACAGCAGAAGUGCACACUGCUUGAGACUCAGGUGGGCAUUACGGAAUUCACAAAUGCAGAUAUUGCAGGCUUUACGGGCAUUCUAAAAUCUCGUUUCUCCGAUUUCCAUGUGAACGAAAUCGACACUGACGGACACGUGCUACAGCUGAAUGAUUUAAACGUGCCAAAAGCGGAAAUUGAAGCCGUGGAUCCCACUGUAUUGGACGAAUGGCGCGAUAAGCUGGCCCCAAUCAUUGACAAAGAAGUGUGGCAGCAAAUAGCCGACUUGUCCGCACUCAAAUAUGAUAAUAAGAGUGAACAGAAAGUGGAUAUAAACGUUAGCAGCCUCACUAAGGAGGAACGUACUCUAAUCCAUCAUCUUGUGAAACAGCUCUACAGGAACAAAUUGGUAUCCAAAACAAUUGACCAGCCGGCAGAUCAACAGGUGGAAGAGCAGAAAAUAAUACGCAUAGCAAAGCCCAAGCCAGGCCGCUCUGAUAGCCGCUGGAAUUUUCCACAUGACUUUGUUAGCUUUCUGGUGCACAAAGUCAAUAUGGAUACGAGUGAGGUGGCUUCAACAAUAGCAAAUCGCUUGAAUCUGCAUCCAUCGCAGGUGAACUAUUGUGGAACCAAAGAUAAACGCGCAAAAACCACGCAACGCUUUUGCAUUAAACGCCGUACUCCCGAGGCCAUCGCAAAUGCUGCGCGAGGCAUAGGCAAUGUUCACAUUGGUAACUUUUCCUUCCGGCCUGAAACGUUGAAGUUGGGCGAUCUUAAAGGCAAUCGCUUCCGUAUUGCACUACGCCACAUUACACAUCCUCGAGAGCACAUCGAGCAGGCAUUGGAGUCACUAAAAGAGCGCGGAUUUAUCAACUAUUAUGGCCUGCAGCGGUUUGGCAAUAGCGCCAGUGUACCCACUCAUGAGGUAGGCGUGGCGUUGCUCAAACGCGACUACAAACUGGCCUGUGAGUUGAUAUUAAAGCCACGCGACAAUGAUGUGGAGUUUAUGCGCGCUAUACGUGAAGCUUGGUGGGAGAAUCGGGAUUCAGCUGCGGCUGCAGCCAAGUUCCAUGGAAAUAAGUUUAUUGAAAAGAAACUCUUGGACGGCUUGGCCACAUAUGGCGAGAAUGAUUACGCUGCAGCUCUGCGUCGCAUUCCACGUAAUAUGCUACUCCUAUACCCUCAUGCUUAUCAGAGUCUGAUCUUCAAUCGCAUCGCUUCGCGACGUAUAAAAGAGUUUGGCUUAAAGCUGAUUCCUGGAGACUUAGUUUACGUCGAGGAAGAGAAUGAUCAGCAGGUUAAAGCUCCAGAGGAGUCUGUGCCUCCAGCUGAAACCGACGAAAUCAUGGAGGAUGUGUUGGAAGGUGAAGGUGACAAUCCGCUGGAAGAGGAGUCGAUCUUCAAACGUAAAGUUCGGCCACUUACAGAUGAGGACAUAGCCGGAGGCAAAUAUAAAUUAUCAGAUGUUGUACUCCCACUGCCUGGUUACGAUAUAACAUAUCCGAGCAAUGAGUGUGGCGCUUGGUAUGACGAGAUGCUCGCGGAGGUAGGGUUAACGUCAGAGCAAUUACGACACAAGGAGAAAACCUAUGCGCUUGGUGGUGCCUAUCGUAAACUGCUUAUAAAAACGGACGACUUGAAAUGGAGUUUUCGUCGGUACAGCACAUACGAGGACACACUGAUAGCCUCUGACUGGGAGCAGUUGAAAAACAUUGAGAUUACACCUGAGCCCCCUGAGUCUGAUAACUGCUAUACGGCUCUACUGUUGGAGUUUACUUUGCCAACAGCUGUUUAUGCGACUAUGCUUCUGCGCGAGCUAUUUAAACAGGAUACCUCAACGGCCACACAAAUGCAGCUGGAAAAAGAGGAGAUCAUUAAGAAGCUCGCACAAGAAGUUCCCAUAAUUGAAGCCGAAGCGCAGCCGCAGCCAAUUUGAAAAAAAAGCAGCUACUAAAACAACAAAUCGAUAAGAAAAAUCAAUUUACGCGCCUUCUAUAUUAGUGUUUGUGUGUGUGAGUGUGUGUGUGUUACUUCAAACCAACCACAACAAUAACAAUGCGCACGUGAGUGCACGGUACGCUCUCUUAUGCUCACGUUCUCUCGCUGUUGCUCUCUUCGGUCUUUUGUCUGACGCUUUGAGUGAGUGUGUGUGCGUCCGGCCAGGACUAAACUUAAAGUCCUAUUCUCUGGCCAUUAGUACGCUGACAAGCGAGAGCUUUGGACGCGCUGCGCAACAUAUAACGUCGCCGUGUUUGUGCGUGUGCCUACCAUUAAUGUUGUAAAAGAAGAGUAACAAUAACAAAUAAGAUACGAAGCUAAUCAGAAAGUAACUGUAAAUUUGUUUUGACCGUUACAAGUAAUCGGAACAAAAGGAAAGAAUAAGGUGAAUCAUACAUGAAUCAUAUACACAUAUUAAAUAUACUCACCCGAACGCACACAUACACAUUGAAAUUUAGGCGCGUAUUUUUAAACAGAAGUCCUUUAUUAACAAUGAAUAAAAGAGUCUAUAAUUUUGCAGUAAUUAACAGUA